AGACCAUUCCCGUUAUCUCUUCACAAUAAAAAUCUAUCAAAAUCUGCACGCAGGGGCAUAAUCGUAAAUAUAUCUAUUUUCUCUCCACUGUCUUCUACCUUUUUUACAAUCUAUCAAAGGCUCAAAGCCCACCCCCUCACCCUCUCUCCUCCCUAUUCUAAAGGUCCUCCUUUUCGCUUUCCUCCUUGAUUCUUGCUCCAAAUUCUCUUCACGGUCUUCAACAUCUCGGCAUUUUCUUCUCUCUCUGCCUUCUCCGCCAUCACUGUUUGGUAAAGGAGGGGACUUUGUCUGUCGACGGAGAUGAACUGCGGAACGCCUUCGCCGGAUCAGCUUCGUCCGGCUUUGGGCCUCUCGAGCUUUAAUUGGAACCAGUCUAUGGAUUCAUUGAGCCCCAUUUUUCCCUUGCCCGCCUCCGGCGAGAUCUCUAGCUUCAUGGGCAAUCCCCUCAAUUCCAUGCAUGUCAACCGUUUGAUGCAAUUUCCUGCAGACCCGGGGUUUGCGGAGAGAGCGGCGAGGUACUCUUGCUUCAGUUCAGCCAACUAUGGAGCAUUUUCCGGCGUCUCGGAGGCCGCCGGUAAGCCCUCUAGGGUUUCGAGUGGCCAUUGCCUAAAAGCUAAGGAAAGCCGCAUGCAGCUGGAGAUGGGAGAUGGAGAAUUUGGAAGUGGUAAGGAGGACUCAUCGGUGACGGAUCCAGCAUCCGUUCUUGGAGAGAGCAGUGCGAAGAAGAGGAAAGCAGCAGCCAAGAGGAAAUUAAAGGUGACAGUUGAAAAUGAUUUAAUUGCAAAGAAAAGCCGGUCUGCGGAGAGUACUGAAAUUGAAAAGGAUAGUGGUAUGCCUAAAGAAGAACAGAAUGUUGAUGAGAAGAAACAGGGAAAGGAUGAUGGAACAAAGGCCUCUGAGCCUUUCAAAGAUUACAUCCAUGUCAGGGCAAGAAGAGGCCAAGCAACAGAUAGUCAUAGUCUUGCAGAAAGAGUUAGAAGAGAGAAAAUCAGCCAGAGAAUGAAGCUCCUUCAAGAUCUUGUGCCAGGUUGCAACAAGAUAACUGGAAAAGCUCUCAUGCUUGAUGAGAUUAUAAACUAUGUGCAGGCAUUGCAGCGGCAAGUUGAGUUUCUUUCAAUGAAGCUAGCCACAGUGAAUCCCGGGCUUGAGUUCAACUUGGAAAAUCUCUUCGCCAAAGAGUCUCUUUUGAACCAAGAAAAUGCUUCUUUCUCAAGCUCACUUUACCCCAUGGAAAACUUAUCUGCUUCAAUUAAUUUUGGUCACCAGUCCAAUGAGGAAAGCCCUAUACCUUUUACUCUGGCAAAUGGAAUUGACACCCAUUGUUCAAUUGGUCAAUUAGAUUCUAUUCUUCAUCAAGCUGCACUCAUGCAAUCAUCCCUUGAUAUGUUUGGAAGUUCUGCCUCUCAGGUUGAGAAUCUUUGGGAUGAUGAACUCAAUACUGUUCUCCAAUCAAGCUUUGGACAGAACCAGGAGAUUGGAGCCCCCUCUCAGAGCUUUCAUGGGCAGUUGUCCAUACCCCACAUGAAGAUUGAGCUCUAAUCAUAUCGGUUUGAAGUCGAAUUGCAAGAAUUCUUUGUAUAUAUAGAGCGAGAUCAGCUUGGAAUGGUCAUAGAAUGAUCAAAACUGACGAUUUAAGUAAUUACUAUAAUUUCCUUCUAAUUUUCCCUUCUCCCCUACUUGGGUUAUUGAUUAUUAUUAAGAAUUUGCUUAGUAGCUGUUCUGAUAUUUUGUUAGGCUAAUGUCAUCCUGUGGUGCAAUUUAUGCCUCAACACCACAUGUAAGAUGUAAUUUGGAAAGAGAGAGAGAGAGAGAGCAAAUGAGAGAGGGUGGUGGGAUAAUUUGUUACCAUUGAAUCCACUUUGUUGUAUUAAAAAAGUUCAGAAUACUGCUAUCAAAUUAUGGUGUUUUUAAUGCUAUUUUCCUCAAUUUC